AUGGCGCCGACACAGCAUCCUUUAGACCCCCUCUCAGCGACGGAAAUACAGAAUGUCAUUUCCAUUGUGAGAAAGACACACAAAAAUGUAAACUUCCAUGUUGUCUCCCUCCAUGAGCCUCGCAAAGCGGGCAUGACGAAAUGGCUGGCGGAACGAUCCAAUGCAACUAAACCACCUCGUGUUGCUGACGUCUCAGUCAUUGCACCUGGCGGCAAAGUUGGCGAUGGUCUAGUCGACCUUGGGAAGAGCCAAAUUGUUCAGUGGGAAUGGGUCAAUGGCAGACAACCAAUUAUUACCGUGGAGGAGUUGCAGAGAGUUGAGCAAGUCAUUCGCACUGAUUCCAGUGUCAUCAAACAAUGCGAAAUCAGUGGCAUCGCCAGAGAUGAAAUGCACAAAGUCUAUUGCGACCCUUGGACCAUUGGCUACGAUGAACGCUUCGGCAGCAAUGUUCGCCUCCAACAAGCGCUCAUGUACUUCAGGCCAAACAUCGAUGACUGCCAGUAUCAGUAUCCAUUGGACUUUUGUCCUAUUUACGAUAGUGACAAGGAUAAAAUUAUUCACAUCGAUAUUCCAAAGACGCGACGUCCUCUGAGAAGGGAAGCGACAAUAAAUUACUAUCCAGCUGACAUCAAUGCCAAGGGUGGUUAUCGCACUGACUUGAAACCGCUGGAAAUCACUCAACCUGAAGGUCCGUCGUUUAAGCUGAACGGCAGAGAGAUGGAGUGGCAGAAUUGGAGAUUCCACAUCGGAUUCAAUUACCGAGAAGGUAUCGUUCUCAGUGACAUACGAUACAACGACAAAGGCACUGAACGUCCAAUUUUCUACCGAAUGUCCCUGGUGGAAAUGGUUGUACCUUAUGGCAAUCCUGAUCGCCCUCAUCAGAGAAAGCAUGCCUUUGAUCUUGGUGAGUAUGGUGCUGGGUACAUGACCAACAGCCUCAGACUUGGCUGUGACUGUAAAGGAUACAUUCGUUACCUAGACGCGGAGUUUCCCACCAGAGACGGCAACAUCAGGCACAUCAAGAAUGCCAUCUGCAUCCAUGAAGAGGAUAAUGGCAUUCUGUUUAAGCACACCGACUUUAGAGAUGAGUCAGGCAUCGUCACUAGGGCUCGCAAGCUCAUUAUUCAGCAAGUUUUUACCGCAGCCAACUACGAGUAUGCUAUCCAAUGGAUUUUCCAUCAAGAUGGUACCAUUCAGCCAGAAAUUAAGCUGACGGGCAUCUUGAACACGUAUUCGAUCAAUCCUGGUGAAGACACCGAUGGAUGGGGCACUGAGGUGUAUCCCGGCGUCAAUGCACAUAACCAUCAACACCUGUUUUGCCUCCGAAUCAACGCAAAUGUGGACGGACCACGGAAUACUGUCUUCAUGACUGACGCUGUCGCCUCUGAUGAGCCUGUUGGAAGCCCUAUGAACCCAUAUGGCAAUGCAUUUUAUGCCAAAAAGACAAAGCUGGCUACCACUGGACAAGCAAUGACCGACUACGACGGCGCGACAGUCAGAUCCUGGGACAUUUGCAACACCAGCAAGAUCCAUCCAUUCAGCAAAAAGCCAGCCAGCUACAAACUUGUGAGCCGUGAGGUUCCUCGUCUGCUACCGAAACCAGGCUCGCUCGUGUGGAAACGAGCUGGGUUUGCCCGGCAUGCAGUUCACGUCACCAAGUACCGUGACGAUCAAUUCUGGCCCGCCGGCAGACACGUUCCACAAACCUCUGGUGAGACUGACGUCGGUCUCACCGAGUGGAUUGGCGACGGCUCAGAGAGCAUUGACAACGAGGAUAUUGUCUUGUGGCACACUUUUGGAGUCGUGCAUUUCCCUUCCCCAGAAGAUUUCCCCAUCAUGCCGGUGGAACCUAUGACAUUGCUGCUGCGGCCACGCAACUUCUUUAGCAAUAACCCGGUCAUGGAUGUACCACCGCAACGAGCCACCACAGCGAGUCAAAUUUUGAACACUACAAACAACCAGAUGGGCUCACCCAAGCUGUAA